AUGCUCUCAUUCCCUCUAACCCACUCUCAUACGCUCUCAUUCCCUCUCAUCCACUCUCACACGCUCUCAUUCCCUCUCAACCACUCUCAUACGCUCUCAUUCCCUCUCACCCACUCUCAUAGGCUCUCAUUCCCUCUCACCCACUCUCAUACCCUCUCAUUCCCUCUCACCCACUCUCUUACGCUCUCAUUCCCUCUCACCCAUUCUCAUACACUCUCAUUCCCUCUAACCCACUCUCAUACGCUCUCAUUCCCUCUCACCCACUCUCAUACGCUCUCAUUCCCUCUCACCCACUCUCAUACGCUCUCAUUCACUCUCACCCACUCUCAUACGCUCUCAUUCCCUCUCACCCACUCUCUCACGCUCUCAUUCCCUCUCACCCACUCUCAUACGCUCUCAUUCCCUCUAACCCAUUCUCAUACGCUCUCCUUCCCUCUAACCCACUCUCAUACGCUCUUAUUCCCUCUCAACCACUCUCAUACGCUCUCAUUCCCUCUCACCCACUCUCAUACUCUCUCAUUCCCUCUCCCCCACUCUCAAAACGCUCUCAUUCCCUCUCAACCACUCUCAUACGCUCUCAUUUCCUCUCACCCACUCUCAUACGCUCUCAUUCCCUCUCACCUGUUUCGGUGGGGGGCCAAGUGGUCCCCACUACACACCCCUCCAACCUUACCAAGUGGGUCCUACUCCGCAUCUACGACGAUCGUCGACAUGAGUGCGGUGCCAUUGUUCAAUGGCGAGCACUAUGCAUCAUGGCGCUUCAAGUUGAAGGUGCACAUGAUGGAGCGUGAGCUUUGGGGCUUCUUCGACGGAUCCGAAGUGAAGCCUCCAACCGCCUCGACAACGGAGCAUGGAGCAUGGGUGAAGAAGGACAAGAAGGCGUUCUCGUUUCUCGUGUCGAAGCUCGGACUUCAACUCGUGCCGGUGGUGAGCUCGUGCAUCGACCUUGAAGGAGCUACACGUGAAGCUUGGAGGCGCCUCGAGAACAUCCACGUGACGAAGUCUCUCCACAGCAAGUUGCAAGCGAGGAGGAACUUCUUCACCGUGCGCAUCAAGGAGGGCGAACGCAUGCGCGCAUACGUCAACCGCGUUGAGGAGCUUGGCGAACGAAUGGUGGAGCUUGAAGCGGACGUGGAUGAGAAGGAUUGGAUCAUGACGCUUCUCGGAGGGCUCGGAGAGGAAUGGUCAACCGUCAUCACCACCCUUGACGGCACGCAAGCGACGUGGACCAAGGAGGGGGUGACGACGCGCCUCAUCAACGAGGAGAUGCGGUGGAUCAACUUGAAAGGCGAUUCAACGAGUUCGGCUCACUUCACGCGCGGCGCGAAAAAAGGCGUUGUCUACACCAAGCCACGGAAUGACCGUGGGCAUGCAAGUGGAAGCGUGAGCUCUUCACGUGGAGGACAUGCCAACAACAACAACAACCGUGGUCAUGCUCGUGAAGGAGCAUGCCGGUAUUGCAAGAAGCUCGGGCAUUGGUGGCGCGAGUGUCGGAGCAAGCCAAGGGAUUGGACUCCAACGUCAACGUCUUUAAUUCAAGAGGAGAGGCGCGCGAACGUGGUGACUUUGGGAGAAGACACCAAGGAGCUCGUGUUCAUCGCAGGAGAAGGAGCUCUUGGCGGGCUCGCAUGGCUUCUCGACACGGGCGCUACACAACACAUGACGCUGCACGCGGAGCUUCUUGAGGAUGUCUCGGCGGAUGCUCCUAUCAAGCGCGUGGUCUUCGGUAAUCAAGACUCGCUUGAGGUGGAGGGACGCGGAACGUUGCGCAUCGCGGUGGACGGCGGUCCAAUGACAAUCAACAACGUGUUGGUUGUGCCGGGACUCGGCGCCAACUUGCUCUCCGUGUCACAACUCACCACCAAGGGAAUGCGUGUCAACAUCGAAGGCGCGGUCAUGACAUUGAGCACGUCUUCCGGGCGCUUCAUCGGCAAAGCGCAUCAAGACGGCGGACUCUUCAAGCUCGUGGCUACACCGAACCUUGCGUCGGCGCACGCGGCGGUGGCAAAGCCUUCAUUGGAGAUGUGGCACAACCGCUACGGGCACUUGAGUGCGUCAACCAUCCGCGCCAUGGCAACUCAAGGCGUAGUGCACGGGAUCGUCAUCGACUCGUCAACAAACGAGGAGGUGGAGAAGUGUUCGGCGUGUCUUGAAGGGAAGAUGGCGCGGAAGCCGUUUCCAACUCGCACGAAGCCUCUCGCCUCCAACCCGCUCGAUCUCGUCCAUACCGGCUUUGGCGACAAACCGGACGUCUCCAACCUCCGCACCUUCGGGUGCAUUUGCUACUAUCACGUUCCCGAUGCUACACGCACCAAGCUUGAGGCGAAGGCGCGUGUGGGGAUGUAUUUGAGCCAUAGCCUUGAUCACAAGGGAUGGCGGGUGUGGGACUUGGAGAGCGGAAAGGUGGUGGUGUCGCGCGACGUCUCAUUCUUCGAGAACCGCUUCCCAACUUCACCAAAAGAGAAGCAUUCGGUCGUGGUCAUCCCUCCAACGGUUGAAGACACGAAUGAGUCAUCUUCUCACGAUGUUCCCAAGGAGAGGAGUGUUCAAGACGAGGAGGGAGAUGUUGUUGAAGUGGUUGGAGUGGAGAGUGAGAAGGAUGGUGAUCCUUCUACCGUCGUCGCUCCAACGCUUGCAUCUACUCGCGCUCGAAGAACUCCUCAUCCGAACCCGAAGUACGCCGACUACUCGCUUGUGGUGGAGGAUGAUGAGGAAGGGGAAGAUGCCAUGUGCUUCAUGGCCGACUUCACACCUACCACCUACCGUGAGGCGAUGGAGACGCUCCAAGCCGGUAAUUGGACUCAAGCACUCAAUGAGGAGUACGAGUUCAUGAUUGAAAAUGAUGUCUAUGAUCUUGUCCCUUUGCCCCCAAAUAGCUACACCGUUGGGUCCCGAUGGGUCUUCAAGAAGAAGCUCGGGCCGAACGGGGGAGUGUUGGAAGUCGGUGGGGGGCCAAGUGGUCCCCACUACACACCCCUCCAACCUUACCAAGUGGGGUUGGGUGGCGAGAGUUUGGGCGGAAGGGUGGCGGUGCACACAAGUCAAGGGUUGCACUUGGGUGGUAGCUAG